AUGGCAUCAUUAUCUUCACAUUCUGGUGGUAGAUGGAAAUACGACGUAUUUGUGAGUUUUAGAGGAGAAGACAUCCGCAAAACAUUUGUGGAUCAUCUUUUUAGUGAUUUCAGAAGGAAAGGAAUCUAUGCGUUCAGAGAUGAUAACGAGUUAAAGAGAGGAGAAGAGAUAUCAUCUGAACUUUACCAAGCGAUUGAACAGUCGAGGUUCUUGAUAGUUAUAUUCUCACAUGACUAUGCUUCAUCAACCUGGUGUCUGAGGGAGCUUGUGAAGAUCCUCAACUGCAAAAAGGUAGACGACAGAUAUGAAGUUCGGGCACUCUUUUACAAUGUCACCCCCGAAAUGGUGCUUGAUCAAAGUGGUAGCUACAAAGAAGCAUUCGUGAAACAUGAAGCUUUGAAAAGAAUAGAGAUCCCGGAAUGGAAGGAAGCUCUGAAAUCGGCAUCCAGCUUAUCUGGAUGGAACCUGCAAUCUAUGUCCGAUUGGUAA